GAUUCAGAUCAGAGCUUCUGAACCCUGGUUUGAGGUGCUCUCUUCAGUUUCAUGGAGAGAGAGCUGGGAUUUAGCUCUAUGGUUUUGCCGCCUGCGUCAAAAGUGCAAGGACCCGAGUUCAAUUCCAGGUUGUUAUAUUAUUGACUCUGCACGAGGCUGAAUUGCUGCUGUUCACCACUCCUUCAUUUUCCAGCACAGAACAUCUUCAGGUCCCACAGUCAUAAAAAGAAGCAACUGCAAGCCUUAGUGGGUGUGAGGUGGAUCAAGGAGAACAGAAAUAGAGUCUUCAGCUGUGUUCAAGAGUCCAGGAGCUCCCGGAACCAGGGCGUGAGAGAGUUGUUGGAAAGCAGUGUCCUCGGCACUCAGGACAGAGCAGUACCAGACAGUGUCAGGAGUGCAGAGCUCCGUAUUCACAAGAAGGUCUUGCCCUGUCCAUAUAACGUCACGAUGCCCCAUGAUCAGCAGAACGAAGACAGCAAGCUACAGGAAGACCAUCUUGCCAAAACUAGUGCCGGGGAACUCAUGGGUGUGCGCGUUGUCAAGGAUGAGGGGGAUGCAGCAGCCUCUGCUACCUCUGUGUCCUCUCCCUCCUCUACUGUACUCGAACCCACACCAGUAGGAAAGCCCCGACCUGGGACACCAAGUUGUCCUCAGAGUCCUCAGGGCAUCCCGUCUCCCCCCAGUGCUAUGGCUUCCACUCCAAGGAGCCAAUGCUGUGAGGGCUCAGGCAGGCAGGAGGAGGAGGGUCCGAGUCCCUCGCAGGACAAGGACGCCACCGAGAUCUGGCUCCAUGAGUUAGCACAUGCCAUUUUAGAUAAAAUGGCGCCAUUCCUGCUCCGCAAGUAUCAGCAGAAGGAGCAGGUCACCAUGGAGGAAAUGCUGCACGUCAUGCAUAAUGAUUACUUUGAGCACUUCCCUCAGAUGUUUGGGGAACUCUGUCAGUGCAUGUGUCUGUGCUUUGGCAUUGAGAUGAGGGAAGUGGAUGGCCCUAGACACACAUAUGAGCUUCUCUCCGUCCUGGGCCUCACUUUUCAUGGGAUCCUGGAUGAUGACAUCCAGAUCGUUCCCAAAGGGAAACUCCUGAUGGGCAUCCUGAGUGUUAUCUUCGUGAAGGGUAACCGUGUCAGUGAGGAGGACCUGAGGGCACUGCUGAUAGAUAUGAAGCUAUUAAAUGAGAGGCAGUACGUUAUGAUUGGGGAUCCCUGGAAGUUCAUCACAGAGGAUUUGGUGCGGGAAGAGUACCUGGUGUACCAGCAGGUUCCUAAUAGUUCUCCUGCUCGCUAUGAGUUGCUAUGGGGUCCCAGGGCACAGGCAGAAACCAGCCCAUUCAAAAUUCUGAAUCACUUGUUCAGUCUUCAUGGACUAGAUCUCAGGUCUUACCCCCAUCUGUACGAACAGGCUUUGAGAGAGGAAGAAGGUCUGUUUGAGGCCUUUGAGGGUGAAGGUGUGUGACAGGGAUGGGGCGUGUUCUACCACCAAGUCACUGCUGAGUCCCCAGCGCCUGUGAAAUGAGGCCCAUUCUCAAUCUGUGUCUGGAGAGCAGGCAUUUUGUAAGCAGUGAGGGCAGAGGUGGUGAUAAAAUACUGUGCCUGACAUCCUGGGUUCUUCUCUUUGUACUACUGAGAAACUGACCGCUGUUUCCUUUAUGUUUUUCAAGUCUUGUUCCUUUUUUUCGUUAGAUUGAAUUUGCUUGCAAAUCUUUUUUGUGGGAUGAUAGUGAUCUCAGGUGUAUUUUUAUUGUUCUGAUAUUUUUGUUUGAUUUUGAUUUGUGAUGUGAUUGUGAUUUAGUGCUAUACCGAUCACGGACAGAUUUUGGUUUUUCAUGGAAAGUCCAACACCCAGCAUCCUGGCUGGUUCGUAAAGCCAAUGGGGAAACUUUCGUUUUGUUUAUGAUAAAAAGUUUGUAUAAGAUGUUGUUUGGAAAUGUG